CAGGCUGCAUAAUUAGGUUGCUCUAAUCAUAAAGUCUUUAUAAUUAGGACUCCUGAAAGGCGUUUAAAUGUAAAGUAGGUGAAGACGGUUUGAAAACAGAAGAGGCAGGCUCAGGCUUGCAGUUUGCAGUUUGCAGUUUGAACAUUGAAGGGGAUUAGUAUUACAAUAAGCUUCAUUUCCUUCAUCAGUGCAUCAAGAGGAAGCUUUAUACAGUAGUGAAAUACACACCUGUGACUGUGGGAUGAUCAAAACAAAAGAGCAACCGGUACGACUGCAGGGCCAGCGUUAGAUUGCAGCCUGGACCAAACGACGACGUCUCAGCGACAUUUAUGAAGCUUUCAAGGCCUUUUGAUUGAUCAGCCAAUCGAUGGGGAUUUUACGAGGAGCUCCGCCCACCUUCGCUUCCUGCCCUCCUCCUCCCCCCUCCACCUGCGGCCUCUCCCUCGCCCCAGCCCACUCCGUCAACCAGCCCUCCAUCCAGCCCUCCAUCCAGCCCUCCAUACACAAAAUGACUCUGGAAUUUACUGAAUGGUCUUCUAUAUGGAUUUUUACUUCUUGUAAUAGACAGUAGACAAAAAAAAGAGGGAAAAACCUCAAUGACAAAUAAGCCAUAAACACACACACCACACAUACACAUAUACACACUCACACACACAAACACACGCACCCCACAUUCACGCACAGGCAUGUAAACACUGACAUACCAAAUAGAGUUUUUCAGGCAGGAUCUCGCACACCUGACACACACACGCACACACAGAAAAAAAAGCAAACGCACAAACUCACUCCUGGAAUGUAUCUCUCACUCUUCCUGUGAAAAUUCAACUGCUUCCUUUUAUUUCUGGGGUUUUCUACGAGUCUUUGGAAAGCUGAUUUUAUUAUUUUUUUCGACUCUGGGGGGAAAACAAGGAGGAGGGAGGAGGAUUAAAACGUGUUGAAUUUCAAGCUGCAGUGUUUUUGGAGGACAAGUUCUCUUUAGGACAACUUGUUAAGAGGACAACUGAUUUUUUUUUUUUUUUAACAUAUGCAGGUCUGAAAUAGAUAAAUAGAUUAGUUUCUUUUCUUUAGUAUCCACAGCCUUUUUACUUUAGCAGGAUCCAGUUUUAGCAAGGUGGGACACUAUCUGUUAUAAGUUUGUGUGUUUUUAGUUUUUAUCUUAGUUGUAUUAGCACUCCAUUUAUAGAACACCUUUGACUGGUGAUUAGUCUUAAAGCAGUAAUAAAUGUAACUACUGUCUAAACAGCAAGUUACUAUAGAAAGUUACAAUUUGUAGCUUGUAUUGAUUUUAAUUAAGUUACUUCCAGGAAGUCAUUUCUAGUUUUUAAGGAACUAAAAUAAGCUUGACACGAGUUUGUGGAAGCAGGGAAGUGGUAUUGCUUUUUCUUUUGUAGCUACAGGCAGUUGUUUUCAGAUUUGUCAGCGUGUUAGAAGGGGUGCGCUUGUUUUUCUCAUCGCGUGCAUGCCCUCGACCAUGCCUCCCCAGAACACAGAGGCUGACGCCAUGCAGGUCGGAUCUCUGGUGGGCGGGGUUAAUGCCAAAAACUCUACAGCAUCAGGCUCGGAAGAGGAGAAAGGAGGAGCAGGAGGCGAGACGGAUGGAACGGGGGGAGGGGGAGGAGGUCGAGGAGGUCGAGGAGGGGAAGAGUCGGCGAGCGAAGGAUCGAUCGAAGGCAUCUCCUUGAAGAGAUGGGUGAUGCACGGGGCCGUGAUGUUCGGCAGGGAGUUCUGCUACGCCAUGGAGACGGCGCUGGUGACGCCCGUGCUGCUGCAGAUAGGUCUUCCAGAGCAGUACUACAGCUUGACGUGGUUCCUCAGUCCGGUCCUCGGCCUCAUGUUCACCCCUCUGAUCGGCUCGGCCAGUGACCGCUGCACUCUGCGAUGGGGCAGGCGGAGACCAUUCAUCCUGGCUCUCUGUAUAGGAACACUGAUCGGAGUGGCGCUGUUUCUGAAUGGAUCACUGAUAGGUCUGUCGCUGGGUGACGAGCAGGGGAGCCAGCCAAUAGGAAUCGUUCUUACUGUGCUGGGAGUGGUGGUGUUGGACUUCUGCGCAGACGCAACAGAGGGACCAAUCAGAGCUUACCUGUUAGACGUGGCGGACGCAGAGGACCAAGACAUGGCGCUCAACAUCCAUGCAGCCUCAGCAGGUCUUGGCGGUGCGGUUGGCUACGCUCUCGGAGGUCUAGACUGGACACACACCUUCCUGGGAGCAGCCUUCAAGUCUCAGGAACAGAUCCUGUUCUUCUUCGCCGCCAUCCUCUUCUCUGUGUCUGUGGUGUUGCAUCUGCUCAGCAUCGAGGAGCAACAAUACUCGCCCCAUCACGACAGGCUGGACCAGGAGACUCCAGAUCCCAACCACCCUCAACCUUCUGCCAAUGGCCGGGCCGGACUUCUCGCUCCCAAGCUGGAAAUGAUCGGAGAGGAUGAAACGAUGGACAGCUAUGAACUGUAUGACCCCUAUGGAGACGACCAGUCAGAGCGCGGGGACAUGGACUUCCUAGAGGUGGAGCUCGUGAGAAGUAAAAGUGACAGUGUUCUCGCAAUGGCAGACGCUACCCUUGACCACCUAGACCACGAUGCGUUGUUCCUGUGCCACAUCGAGCCGUCCAUCUUCACUGACCGCCUCUCACCCUAUCACCACUCGCCUCCUACGACCGCUUCCUUCUUCAAUGCCAAUCGCACCACCCCCCCUCCCCGGCUGGCCAACAUCAGACGCAGCAGCAGCACAGGAAGUCAAGAUCUGCUCCGCCCCCAAAACGGCAACCACCAAACACACGCUUCCACCACCAAGAUUUCCCGCCUCUCUGCAUUCUUACAGGAAAUGGAGAAUGACGAGGGACAGGAGGCGUUGCUGAACAAUCAACUCAAUGAGCAGCGGACGCUGAAUGGGCGGCUGUUGGCCGGUGUAAAUGCUGAUAGAGAUGGCACCAAUGCUAACAGGCUGAGCGCUAAAGGACAGGCUCAUCGUGCUGGCAUGGUCAAAGCCGCCAGCACUGGAGCUCCCACACGGCAGUCGCGUCACCGUCACACCUUCUACCGCCAGCCGUCCUGCACCUUCUCCUACUACGGCCGAGUGGGGAGCCAUCGCUACCGCUAUCGCCGAGCCAACGCUGCUUUUCUCAUCAAGCCGUCUCGCAGCAUGAACGACCUGUACGAAGUGGAGGCCAGACACCGGAGGAGGAACAGACGGAGGAACAGAAACUGCAGUGGAAACACAAACUCUUCCAGCGGAGAUGCAGAGAGUGAAGAGGGCGAGGUGGAGACCACCGUGCGGCUGCUGUGGCUCUCCAUGCUGAAGAUGCCUCCGGAGCUGCUGCGGCUGUGCGUUUGUCACCUGCUCACCUGGUUCUCCAUCAUUGCCGAGGCCCUCUUCUUCACAGACUUCAUGGGACAAGUCAUCUACCAUGGAGAUCCUACUGCUCCUCUUAACUCUACUGCGCUGGAAAAUUAUCACAGAGGAGUUCAAAUGGGAUGUUGGGGACUGGUUAUAUAUGCCAUGACUGCUGCUACAUGCUCAGCUAUCCUUCAGAAAUACCUGGAUAACUUUGACCUGAGCAUCAAGGUCAUCUACAUCCUGGGAACACUUGGAUUCUCCAUAGGAACGGCUGUCAUGGCGAUCUUCCCUAAUGUUUACGUUUCCAUGGUGAUGAUUAGCAGUAUGGGCAUCAUCUCCAUGAGUAUCUCCUACUGUCCUUACGCUCUGCUAGGACAAUAUCACGAAAUGAAAGAGUACAUCCAGCACAGUCCUGGUAACUCCCGGAGAGGCUUUGGCAUCGACUGUGCCAUCUUAUCCUGCCAAGUGUACAUCAGUCAGAUUUUGGCGGCCUCAGCUCUGGGUGCUGUAGUGGAAGCAGUCGGCAGCGUCCGUGUCAUUCCCAUGGUGGCCUCUGGUGGCUCCCUCCUUGGAUUCUUCACCGCCUGCUUCCUGGUCAUUUACCCCACUCCAAACACCGGGGAAGGGGUCUCGGCCAAAGCUUCAGAGAAACGGGCUUUGACGACCCUGGAAAAUCCUAGUGGCAACGAAGUGGCUGUUACCGUGGUGAAGGAGAAACCCAGCUUCCUGAAACUCAACAAGGAGGGCAAGGCCACCACCACGACCACUUCCUGUCACACGGAGAAUGAGUCCGCUCUGUGAUUGGUCGGUCAGAGUCGACAGACAGGAGGAAGCUACAGGUUAUAGCAGAAAACAAAUUAAGUCACUUUUCUAUCCAUCGCUGUCGGAAAAGACUUCAGGAUGUCUUCAUCGUGCUGAAGAGGAGAGAGGAGGGCGGCUUGGUGUCUGUUUGGGCUUUUCUCUAAUUUGGUGUGCUGUAAUUUGCUGAAAAAAACAACUCAAUCUGCAACGGGACCAACUUAACCUAAAAAAAAAAAGCAUUCUGGUCCUUGUGCCAUCUCAGCCUUCACCGAAAUUCCUUCCACUUAGCCCUCACGGACAAUUGAUUGAUCUGUCACGAUCAUCUAACAGUGAGAAAUUCACAGGUCAUGGUUUAAAGGAGAGGUUGUCUCUGUCUCUCAGGGGCUCUAGGAGGUGCUACCGAGCAGCUGCCUGGACAGGAAACUUCAGGGGACUCACUUACAUACAUACUGUACAUUCAUACAAACCCUCACAUACGCACACACCUCUUCAUCCGGGGUCAACACAAUCCAAUGAACGUUGUUAAUGAACAUUAGUCCUCGAAGCUGCAAUCAUUUGAAAAAAAAAAAAAAAUGCUGAAAAUCGUUCUUCCUCGCUGUGGAUUGAAUCUUUGCUUCCUGAUGCGGAAGCCGAUCGACGAGAGAGUGUGCGUCUGCUGACUUGGCGUCUCCGGCGGAGGCACCCGCGCUCACCAAAAUAAACUCAACCACGCUCUUUAACAGCACUCUGCGACAGUAGCUUUAAGACUCUAGAGACUUUCGGAAGUGGCAUUUCUGAAACCAAGAGCCCGAAGCCUGGUUCCUGGGGAGAAAUUAUUGAGUUUGAGCCCCCAAAUUGAUUGUGAGUGUUUUGUUUUUGCCCUCCUCCAUGUGGCAGGAGUGCUUAAAUCUUAAAUUUAGCCUUCAUUCCAGGGCAAAGACAACCAUAUUUAAGACUCUGCUCCAAAAUGUAGAGCAUGAGCAUAAAGUUGCCUGUAUAUUGACAGUAAAAGAAACAGAAACAACAA